AUGGGUGAUGGCGUUUCAACAAGCGGCGAAGACGUACCAAUGCCAGAGAGGUCGGAGUGCAGAAACGUCGAUCCACCGUAUAGCGUGCUAUCUUCACCGCAUACUAGAUCACGUAGCACGCAAGAUGCCCUUGAGACAUCUGCUCAGGGGGAACAUGACACUGCUAACAAUCUCCCGCCUUGGCGAGGCUCUGGCUUACCGCUUCCCCCUCCCCGCAUUUAUGUUCCAACACAAGUCCCUCCCCAUGAGCCCCCACUAGGGAUUCAACAGGAUCCACUUCUUCAUGCUCCUCAAGCGGUUCAGAUAACCGAGGAGGCCCUUCAACGUGCGCAAGAUGACCUUGAGACAUCAGCUCGAGGGGAGCGUGACAUUGCUAAAAACCUCCCACCUCGUAGAAACUCUGGUUUGCCACUUCCUCAUCCUCGUGAUCGGGAUCCACCACGAGACCCUAGUCGUGAUCUGAAACCUCUGCUCGUCACUGAAGCACGAUACAUCGCCACAGCCGGAGCCAACGCUCCUCAUGCGGCUCCACCCAUGGUAAAACCACCUCCACCAGCGCAGGAUAACGACUGCCAAACAAUUGUGUCGUCGGCAUCUGCCUUAGACCCUAGGUCUCUGAUGCAACAAUCCACUCAACGCCAAGAGGCACGAACGGGGCAACAACAACCACGUUCACCUCCAAGAGGCAACGCCUAUAGCCAGUAA